AUGGAUGGAUGGAUGGAUUCGUUGACCUUGCCUGUUGACAUUCAAUCUUCUUCCUCUUUACUUUUGCCCAAAAGAGAUGAAGUACCGUACCAUACUGAUGAUGAUGGCGGUGAUGAUGAUGGUAACACCGAUAAUGUGAUCACAAUAGUGCACGAGAGGAUUGACAAUGAGUUCCUUCACUUGUUACACUGCUACUGGAUGUUGAUAAGAUUUGGAGUUCAACGAGAAUUUUCAUCUCCAUCACAGGAAUUUGAAUUGGCUGUUUUUGCUGCAAUACAUUUGAAUCGAGGUUUUGCAAGGAAAAACUGA